AUGGUUAGAAGGCAACGAGAACCUAGCACUACUGAAGAUGAAAUUGUCAUUGAUGCAUCACCACAAAAGAAACAUAAACGACAUAAGCAUAAAAAACAUAAAAAAAUCGACAAUGAUUACGAUAGUGAUACGUCUAUUGACGUUGCUUACGAAGACGGCGUAGAAAAAUCAUCAUACAAAAUGAAGUCAAAAAAGGAUGUUUCGGGUAAUUCUGCAGCUGAUAUCUUAAAAGCUCAAGCUACAAAGUCAUCAUCUGACUCUCGUAAAUCAAUGCCAGGAUCAUCUUCUAGUACACCACCAAAAGUUCCAUCAAAAAAAAAGAAAGCGAAAGGUAGAGACAGUGGGACUUCAAGUGAAGAGGAAAGAUGGCUUGAUGCAAUCAAAUCAGGAAAAUUAGAGGAGGUUGAUGAAGAAUUGAAAAAAAUAAAACCUAAAGAUCCAAAAAUGAUGACUGCUAGACAAAGAGCAAUGUAUGAAAGAGGUACUGAUAAAGAAACAAGUCCAGGAGGAGAAGUUCUCCUUGCUUUACCUUCUGGUUAUAAAGAAAAAGUUAUGACAGCUGAAGCUAUACAGAAGGCUGCAUUGAAAUCUCAGAAAAGAAAACAAUUAGCUGAUGAAAAAAGAGAAAAAGACAAAAAGAAAACAAUGGAUCGUCUUUUAAAGAAACAAGAAUCUAAGAACCUUAAAAAUGCUCAGAAAGGGAGGCCAAUACGAAAACUGGAACCAAUGAUUGUUUAUAAAAACAACAGCAAUGAAGUGUCUCUUUCUUUACCACCUGGUGUACCUUAUCCAAUAGAACAACAAACUCCUAAAGAAAUCCCAAAACCUGUAAAAUGUGGUGUCAAGGGAUGUGAUAACUUAAAAAAGUAUAACUGUUCAAAAACUGAUGUACCAUUAUGUAGUUUUGAAUGUUAUAAAAAAAAUUUAGUUGCAAUAAAUAUUUCU